UUAGCAUUACCAUUUUCUUUGAGUGUUAUAAGAUUUUCCACAUUUGUCACUUAUUUUUAGUUCAACACAAAAGAUUGUAUAAACCAAACCAUACACAAAAUUAUUAUCCAUGGAGAAAUCUGCCCGCACUCUUUCCGGCCGCGGCCAACUCACGGUAGCGCCACCGUCGCCCUCGCCCAUGCUUGUCCGCAGCCGAAGCGGGACUGGCCUUGCAGCUAUAACCACCCCAGAGAGAAGAAAUUCACAAAGGUUCAGCUCUAGUGAAAGAUUCACCAACAUCGUCCACCGUUCAAAAUCAACAUCGAAAUCAAGAACCAACAACAACGAAGGCAACAUCAACAUCAGUAAGUUCCAAGAGAAGACGAAUAACGAUGGUUUUGGUAAGUUUUUGCAACGUGGGGUUAGUCCUGAUCAUGAUACCCCUAGAGCUUCAAGGAAGGCUACGUCGGCAAUGAAGUCGCCUUCAGCGUGGGCCCUUUCACCCGGGAGGCCCCCUCCGUUCGGUUCUGAUCCUCCGGCUAAAGCCAUUGCGAACGGAAGUGGUGGUGGCGGAGGUGGUGUUGGUAGUGGUCCUGUUAGUAAAGUCUUGAAGUACUUCAAGCAAAGGAAAGUGACAUCCCUGCAAGAAGAAAUGUACCACCAAUUCAGGAUUUUGCAUAACAGACUUUUGCAGUGGAGAUUUAUUAAUGCUAGGGGUGAGGUUGCCAUGGCUAAUGUCAAGAAUGUAGCCGAGAUACGUUUGUUUUCGGUAUGGCUUAGAAACCUCAUGCUAAGGAAGAUCAUUAUACAAAAGAGAACUGAAUUGCAAAAAGUCAAACAUAGGAUCAAACUUUAUCAUAUUCUGAAUGGACAACUUUCCCUUCUUACUGAAUGGGCAAAAUUGGACAGAAGAAAUCAAGAAUCAAUAGGCAGAUUAACAAGGAAGUUGUCAGCAUUGUCCUCCGCAUUGCCUUUAACUCACGGUGUCAAGGCAGAUCCAGAGUCUCUUUUUGAAGCUUUGAGCUCAGCAAUUGAAGUCAUGGAAAAUAUUGAGUCGUUGAUCACGAAAUACCAGACACAGCAGGUUGAGAGGAUUCUUUAUCAAGUUACUGAACUAGCCACAACCUCAAAACAAGAAGAAGAGUAUUUACAGGAACUUUUGGGGCUUGUUCCCAUUAUUGCUACUUUAUUGGAGAAUGAGAAAAAUAUUCAAGUGCAUCUUAUCCAAACGAGGACGAAUACUAAUAAUGUGUUUGGAUUGAUGGCGGAGAUAUAUUCUAAAGCACAAUAACUCCACAAAUUACACUUUAUAGCUUCUCCUCAAAGAGAUUAUGAGGCUCACAAUUGCAGAACCAAACAAACAUAUUAGAAUACCGGCCACUAUCCUUGCAACAAUGCUCAUUUGUGUAUUUGAAGAAUUCACAUUGCAUGUGUUCAACAAAUCAAUAUUUUCUGACAAUAGUAUAUAAGGGUGCAUGUACUUAGUAGUGCAACAAUUUUGUAAUGAGUAAACCUCUAUUUUUAUUUUCAGUGACAGUCAUAUUUUUUAUAUUUGUAUUUAUACUAAAAAAGCAAUGAUAACGUGCCUUGCUCAUUUUUAGUUGUUACGCUAGUAGCUAAUGGAUGACUAACACAUGACGAACCAGCAUGCAAGUUAAAAGUUCUUUGUAUCUUUUUCCUUUUUAAUUUGAA